CGUGUCACACGAACGAACUGGCAUUCAGUCCCGGCCACGCCCAUAUCCUUUGAGUCCGAAUUCCCUUUAAGCCUCGGUUUUUGUGCCAAAGUCUCUUGGUCCGCGUCGAUCCUUCACAGUAGCGGUCAACAGCGAGAACGCAAUUUCGACAGAGAAAUGGGGCCUCCCUCGUUCCUACAUAAUGAUAUCCCCUUGCGACCAUCGAACCAAGGCGCUGGCGAGCCUCUUUCUCGAUUUCAGGCCGGAACAGGCCUGGGGCGUGUAUCGACGACAGUAGCAGGAAAUGCUGCGUACGACGGGCAGUCGAGUCUUCGACGAGCCCAUACGGUGGCCCAAGGGCCAAACACACCAAAGACAAAUCUCGGACGUCGGGGAAAAGAACGUGCACAGUCACUCCUGCGUGUGAAGAAUAGCGCUGAAAUGCUAUGGCAGCGCUCUACUAAACGAUCGAAUAAUGUACCUGAGAGUGUGCCGGAAAGUUCUCCAACCGGCCGGGAAGGGAAACAUUUCACAGUGGGAAAUGUUGGCAACAAUGGAAGACUGUACUUGAGGCCGAUCAUUACGCCUGUCCAGAAAGGCGCACCGAAUCCCUUUUCGCGUUCUCCCAUCAACCCAUCGGACAGCAUGCUCACCGCGCAGGAUGGGUUUCUUGAUAUUGAAAGAGAUGCCAGACACAGUAUGUGGUCGAUCUCUCAACUGUCGGAGCUACAUCCGGGGUUGGGAAAUUUCGGACAGCCACCUCAUGAGCAGGCACCGCUCGCGGGUGACAAUCGCCACAAAAAAUCGCAUUCAUGCUCUACUAUAGAAGAACGCCGAUCAUCCUCGAACGAGCGUCCGGGUGAGCUCCGAAUCGUGAUCGACCGAUCCGACGAUCGACCCAGAUCAAACGAGGAGAAGGGUGUGCCAACGUUGGAAAUUCCAAUUCCACAUUAUCGACUGGGCAGGCCACAGUUCAACUCUGAGGGCUCUGCCGCGCUACGAAGUUCUGCCUACACCAGGACCUCCGUAUCAGAUAACUUCAGAGAGUCUGCUGUACUUGAGGAUGAGCCCUCAUCCAAUAUCCCGCAACCUGUAUCGGAAACCGGCGAGCGAAAUGAACGGCAUUCGUUUGGAUACGGGCGUCCUCUUUCUUUCACCACGUCCAUGUUCUCCGGCGCAGUGGCGUUGAGUAGAAACUCUGCUUCUCACCACUCAGUCUUCUACAAGCUGAAGGAGCCUAUUGAGCCCUUCAUCUUCGAUGGUCUCGCCGUGACCAUGGACGACCCGUCCGUGGUUCGAUAUCUUCCAGGAACCAAAGACAUCAGCGCAGCGACACCAGCUCGAAUUGUUGCACAGAUCACGUCAGAGUCCUUCAUGGACUAUGAGCUCGUGUCUGAUUUCUUUUUAACUUUUCGCUCCUACCUCUCGUCUAGCAACCUCCUUUCCCUUUUGCUGGCCCGCCUACAAUGGGCCAUCAAUCGAUUGCAGGAUGACGGUCGAAUAAUUAGGAUCCGAGCAUUUGCUGCUUUAAGGCAUUGGAUCCUGAAUUACUUCGCCGAUGACUUCGUGCUUGAUCGGGAUCUUCGCGUGCAGUUCUGCGAUAGGAUCAACUCGAUGUAUGAUGCCGUGAAAGAUCGAGAUGUCCGAAGUACCAGCGACUUGAAAAUUCUCGUAGAUUUAAAGCGAUGCUGGAACGGCAGAUGCUCUGUUUACUGGGAUAUGCCCGACUCAGCGCCGGACAACAACCUAGACAGUCCCGUGGUUCCAGGAGGCGUGGUGGGGAGUCGAGACAUAAACAAGACCUCUCUCGAUGAUAUUGAAGAGCUCUUUUUUGACUCUACGCUUCUACAUGAGCUUCCUGAAGGGCACUACUGCCAAUCUGUGCACCCAAAGACUACUACAAAUCAAUCCCAACCUACGCAAACUUCCCAUAGCCGAAACGCCUCUGCGACAACAGCACGAGAUACAGCGGUUUCUCCAUCUGAUGGAAAUUCUGUUCAGGUGGUCUCCUGUUCAUUUCCUUCCAUCACCCCGAAACGUUCGUCUUCAUCAGAUGUGAGCAACGUGAGCAUCCCACAUCCCGUACCGGUACUCACUACAAACCUGCCUUCGAGUCCUGGUGACCAUAAGUCUCCGAUUGCGCCUCAUCGUCGUCCUGUCCAUGCUCAUUUCCACAAGCGCAGCGGAAGUUUCUCUGACUCUGUGCGCGACGACAGAGCACCUCUACGAAUGGGGAGCAACGAUGCUCAGGGUCAAUCGUUCAUGACUCUGGCUCCGUACGCAAGCGGUUUGAUCAGGGGAAACCUCUUCGGGCCUUCGGAUCCUCGCAUAGAAGGAGUGUCUCCUCCUUCACCGACUUUCUUUGCUCCCUCAACCGAUGUUUCUCAUGCCGUGUCUCAUGACUCACCAGACGUUCCAAAGCCCACUGGAUCUAGUCAGGGCGUACGGACAAUCAUUGGCUCAAUCCGACGAGUGCUCAACAGCAGACAAGGCAGUCAAUGGCCACUUACGCAAAGCAGAAGUUUGAGUCCAAUGCCGCCUUUGCGCGGCCGGACGUCUACCUUGCCCAUGAAUGUCGCGUUUGGGUCUGAGCUAUACAAGAAUAGAAAGUCAUCAGCCGUUGGGAAGUGUUCGUUGCGUGUCGAUCUGCUAUGUGAUGAUGUGCUGAAGCAGUACCGUGAUGCUGUGGGUUACAGUGCGGAAAAGGACAUCCAGGAAAGCGGAGCUACAGCUCCAGCACAUGCUAACGACACGAAAGAGCCCGCUUUGCAGCCUGGUUCUCAGAUGCUGCAAGCCGAAGGACAUGACACAGACACCAGGCACAGUCUGGUGACCAUGGGGAGCAAGUCGAUCGUCAUUGUGGAUGACACGGGGGUCGAUAUCCCUGUGAUGUCCGGGGCCGUCCCUCCGACUUCUGCAAGUACUCAGCAGGGUCAGGGGCAACAUAUGAGAAGUGGCCACUCCGAUGCUACGUCAAAAACCAUAAAUUUGGAUCGUGCAUGGUAUUCGUCCGGCCAAGCAGACGAGUAUGCGGCGCCGCUCCAAUAUAGGGGCAGCGGCUCUGACGCUGCAUCUAAGACUUCGAGGUACUCGGGAGGCUCUGAGUUGUUCGCACCUAGAAGCUCCCUUUCCUCGAUUCGCAGACUGUCAGGCUGGAGAAAGAGUGGAUCCAUGUCGAAUCGUCUACGCAAAUAUGCUUCUUAUCAGAGUGUAGUGUCACGGUACCGUCAUGAGGUCGACAAUGAUGUGGCUAGUUCAGCAUCUGGCGAGACCGAUGCUCAAGGUGACUAUGAGAAACCUUAUGCGCGUCUGCUUCGCAGGCGUCCAGGCGGAGACCUACGGAAAGUGCAAAACAUCCAUGAUCUCGAAUCACUGCCGCGUCCCCAUUCUUUCCAGUCCGGGACCUCGCGUACAGAAUCUCUCUCCGCAUCCACCACUGGCACGCGCUCCCACACUUUUGGUAGCCAACAGACUUUUCCGCAAAGACAGAGAUUUUCGCUCAUCGAGACUCACUCCUCUCAGAAUAUGCGGCCGUCGUUCGAGGCCGUCGUGGCCGAGUUCUCUCAUAUCCCUGACGAUGACGAUGGAGGUGUCGAGUCAGCAUUGCUUAAGUUGGAAGGGAAGUGGAAUGACUCAUCUACUGACACAGGUGGAAGCCCAAUGCGCCCAGAGCGAGGAGAGGCACCCUCUUCCGAGUCAGAGUGGACGCACAAUCAAACCCAUAGCGGCCUUGCUAGCAACCAGGAAAGCUUUAUUGAGCAGCGCCAUACUCUCUCAGAGGGCAAUAGUUCACAUACAGUGCUAGAUCAGCCCUCUGUUCAUGGCCCAUAUUCCGAAUCGGUUGCUGAAUCUGAGGAUUCCUAUUGCUCUAUUCCUCUUCUCGAGAGGGGUCUAAGCGAUGAAUCUAUGAAGAAGCCUCCCUUGAGACCUGUGAAGCAUGUCGUUACAGCCCACAAACAGUCCAGCUCGGAUACACGCCAGGACACUCAUGAACCUGAAUCAUCACAUCCGUCAAUAGAUGUGGUUGAGGAGACUGAAAGUCUAAGGCGUAUUCCUCGCGGCUCGACCAUUCCCAGCUCUCCUGCUGCGGUCUAUGUGAAGGAGGAAGAUUGCCUCUCGGAAUUGUCUUCUGAGAUAUCCGUCGAUAUCAUUGAUCCAGAAGAGGCAGUCGAGAAACCUCACCGUCUCCCUUCGACAGGAUCACACGGCCAAACAAUUUCAGCGCUUGAGAUUCCUCCUCACCCUCUCGCUCAUCCCCCGUCUCCUCCGAUGACUAUCCAGCAGCCUAACUCCAGGGUAUCACUUCCAGAGAUCUCCCACCCGCUGUCGUUCCAAUCAAAACCGCUUACUCCCGACCCCUCCCCCACGCAUAAAAAUGCUGGCGGAGGCAAUGACAGAGCAAUUGACUUCAACCAGCUGUCUAGCAAUGUUAUUCUCAAUUCCGAGAGAGGUGACGCGAAGAUGAACCCAACAGACUUGAUGGCAGCGGCGCAUAUUCCGUUCAUUCUUGCAUACGACUCUCAACUCAUUGCUGAGCAGUUAACUAUUGUGGAGCAAGCGGCCCUAAGUGAGAUUGAUUGGAAGGAUCUUGUUGAUAUGCGAUGGAGCGGUAACUCACCUGUGUCGCUGAGUUGGGUGCAGUUCCUUUCCGAACAAGACAAGAAAGGCAUUGAUCUUGUUGUUGGCCGAUUCAAUCUCAUGGUGAAAUGGGUGCUUUCAGAGAUUAUCCUCACACAGGAUCUCCAAGAGCGAGUGCGGGUAAUUACAAAAUUUAUCCACAUCGCAGCCCAUGCUAGGAGGAUUUGCAACUAUUCUACGAUGCUCCAGAUUACAAUCGCUCUAUCUUCCAUAGAUUGUACCCGGCUUCGACGAACAUGGGAGCUAGUGGCUGCGCAGGAUAAGGACCUUCUCCGGGAGAUGGAGUCCCUGAUACAGCCAGUUCGCAAUUUCCAUGAACUUCGAGUAGAGAUGGAGACUGCGAACCUACAGGAAGGCUGUGUACCUUUUGUUGGUGAGUGCUACUCAUAUGCCAUGCUUUUUAUUUUUUCUAUUCUAAUCUGAUUCGUAGGCCUCUACGUGCAUGAUCUCACGUACAAUGCCCAGAAACCGGCGCAGAUUGCGAGCACGCGCGACGGUGACCCGUUGGUCAACUUUGAGCGAUAUCGCACUGCUGCCAAGAUCAUCAAAAGCCUCCUUCGGCUUAUUGAUGCU